GAAGAAACUUUGCAGUGGCGUGCGGCACGCUCCCGAUUUGAAUGGUUCGGCACCAUCAAGGAGCUGUUGGGGGGCCUUCACUCAGAAGAGCUACUGCAAAAGUUACACUUCACGCUGCAACCCCUAGGCACGCAGCCAGAAGCAGCCAAGAUGGGUGCAUGGGCAGCUGAACAGAUGGACACUCUCGCAACCUUCACGUCUUACUCCCUGGAACUGGCAGCUUGCCAUGCUUGGGCCAAUGCCAUCUACUGCGUUUGCCUUCCACAUGCUUUCGCUUGUGUCCAGCAUAGGUCGCAGCACGAGCGAGCUGCCGGCCUGACAAGAAUUCGUGAGGUUUGGGGCGCAGUACUCCGUGCGGAACACUGGUUGCAAGACCCAUCAUUGCCGGCACAUGUCAAGCUGGGGCUCAAGGACCUCUUGCAGGACGUGGCAUGGAACCAGUGGCAAUUAGCCCGUGAGGUCUAUGCAGCAUGCACCACAGAGAAUUGGGAUUCUGGCUCUGAGGAGCUGCAAGACUUUUCUUUCCUGGUGUUCUCAGGGUGGUCCAAAUUUUUCUACAUGACCUGUGUGCCAUCGCAAGACGAUCUAGAGUGGCCCAGGCUGGAACCCACUUAUGAGGACUUCCUCGCGGCCGUGAAUCGUCGCGCUGCUCUAUGCAAGCCAGACAAUCUCCUGGAACAGAACCAGCGCGUGUUUGCAAUGAGCGAAAAGUUCAAGCUCCCUGCAGCCCUGAACUUCACUCUGAACAACUUGAAAAAGCCCGGAGGCAAGCCCGCCGGAACCUUCAGCAAUCAAGUGAUGACGGCGGCCACUGCGUUCAUCGCGAACAUGUCGAGUCCAUUGGAUGGCAGCAUGGGCAAGGCUUGGACAGGCGGGGGAGUUGCUGCACUUUAUAAUGUCCACCAAAGUUCCUAUGUUGCCUGA